GCCACUGGACACCAUCCUCAGGCGCUCGCAUAUCUGUAAUCAACAGCAUGUCUUCUCUUCCAUCUGAGGCACUCUCAACGAGCAAAGCACUGCAAGAAAUCAUAACUCAUCGUGUCGUAGACUUGAACCCCAGUCAGUAUCGUAGACAAAUCGAGCACUUCGAAUAUUACUGGGGUCUACAGAGAUGUACUCUGGAUCUCAGCUCGCCAAUGAACCACGUGCAACUUCGCAAGGACAUGGUAGAAGGCCUGAAACAUCGCGACUGGGUGCUCAUGCCCACAAAAGAAACUUUGGAUAUCAUGUAUGAGCUCGCGAAGUUCAACGAGACCGCCGACCUUGGGUCGCGUAAGAAUUGCUUUGAGGAGCUACCGGAAAAGGAGUACGAAUACGACUUCGUUCCGCUGAAACUUCUGAAGAGCCGUCGCUCUCUCUACGUCGACCUCGGUACAAAACGCAAGGCGAUUCGCGCUGCAUAUCGCACUAUGCCUCGAAUCAGAUGUCGCGCGCAUCCCUUCUUUGUAGCAUGGAUGGCCUCUGACCAGCUCGACCACUGCGCAUGUUUAGUCAUGCCCGAGAAGAAGGGCAGGGCGCUGAUGACCUCCGUCGGCCGCAUUGUCGGAUGCUGGGUGAAGACCCCACCGGAGGAGUUCCUCAUCGGGCCAGACGUCUGGAAGCCCCAUCGGCACCCUUUGAGCGACGAUGGGGAAGAGGCGCGCGCUGCGCUGAGCGGUUCGCCCAAGACCAACGUCGCGCCCCGUCGGCAGACGCGCAGGGGGACUCGAGCGCCGUGUAGCCAGUCGAAGACCAGCACGCGAGCCAAACCCUACGAGCUACGCGAUCGACAACCGGUACGGUCAAGAGGAUCCGCUCUUCCUCGCCCUGGCCGUACAUCCGGCGACGACUCUGGCGAUUUCGACGCGGCUUAUAUAUCUGCUUGGAUGGCCAAUGUCCCGGAUCAAUCAUCUCUAGUUUCUCCCUCCCGCCCAUCGACUCCGCGCAGUGAAGACUCGGACCACGACGACGAGCCGGACCACCUGAGCCCGGACGACGCGUUAGCACGUUAUCGCGAGGAGACUGCCCGCGAUUCCUCAGACGCGUUAGAUCCUGGAAUCAACGUUGCUCGCCCUAGCGGGCUGAAGCUCGGUCAGGGUGGCGACUGGUCGCGUUUCGCGAGCAACAAUUGGGCGGCAUAUAUCUAUGGAGAAAGCUUACUGGGGAAGAACUCGUUCGACAAGGCCAAGAAGUAACCCGCCGCGCUCGCGAUCGCUCUGCAUACGCACUCGCCACGUUGGUCAUCGUAGAGCGCUUUUGCGCUCCAAAGCCGCGUAACUGUCAAAACCAGAGCGCUCGAAUGGUUUCGACGAAUCUUCAGCCCCUACGAAGAUGAACGUCGAAUCCCCGAGUCUACGCUCAUCACGGUUCUGCACUGCACGCCGACUGGGUAUCUUGGCAUACAUAUCGCUCCCAUGUCCUCCAUUGACUUGUCGAGCUGCAAAUAGUAUCGCUGCACCCUGUCAUCUGUAUCAUGUACGCGCACAAUCAAAAGGCUGUCCUCUGGCAAAUCGUAUACGCUGCCUGCCGUUCCCUCGGAAGCUGGAUCUGGAUCAAGGAAUAUGCAAGACUCUCCCAUCGUCGACUAUAGAGUGGUGGAUUCGGACGAGGGCCCAUAUCGUCGCCAG